AUGGCGACCGCAAACUCCGGGAAGACGACUCUUUCCACCAGCUCACGCGACUCGAAGCGCUUCGAUUUCUCAUCCGCCGAUGCGCCUCCUUCAAAGCUCUCCCUCUCCCCCGAUCAGCUCAAAUACUGUCACCAAGCUCUAGCGGUCUUCAGGGAAAAGAUUCUAAAUCCUGACUCGAUCGCUCGUGAGUUUGCCAAUUUGCAGGCUAAUAGGAUGUGGCCAUCGGAGAUGUGGCUAAUCUGUACAGUGGCUACGAACAGUGUCAAUUCUGAGAAGAACAGAUACACAGAUGUUCUUCCAUUUGACAAGAAUAGGAUUGUUCUGAAUCCAUGCAAAGACUCUCAAUCAUCUGCAGCGGGAUAUGUGAACGCUAGCCUCAUUAAGACUUCAUCGUCUGAGAAUGUUUCUCAAUUCAUUGCUACACAAGGUCCGUUACAGAAGACGACUGAGGACUUCUGGGAGAUGGUGAUUCAGCAGCACUGCCCAGUCAUUGUGAUGCUCACUCGAUUGGUCGACAAUAAUAUGAUGGUUAAAUGUGGGGACUAUUUCCCCGCCGAUGAGAGACCUCGAGAGUUUGGCAACAUAUCUGUUAACACAAAAUGGGUAAAGACUACUGAUACUUCCUUAAUGUUGCGGAAUCUUGAGGUUAAACACAAGGAGGCAGAGGAUCAUCAGCCAAUGUCCGUGUUGCAUAUCCAGUAUCAUGAAUGGCCUGAUCAUGGAGUUCCAAAGGAUACUGUGGCUGUGCGUGACAUUCUGAAAAGACUGUAUCAAGUACCUCCUAGUCUCGGCCCAAUCAUUGUUCACUGCAGUGCAGGAAUAGGUAGAACCGGAACAUACUGUGCGAUACAUAACACAAUCCAGAGAAUUCUUGCUGGUGACAUGUCUGCGUUGGAUCUCGCUAAAACCGUGGCAACAUUCCGUAGCCAGCGCAGUGGCAUGGUCCAAACCAUGGAUCAGUACGUCUUCUGCUACAAAGCGAUUGCUGAUGAACUAGAAGAUUUAACUGCGGAGACGAAAGCUGGAACGAGCUCGUAA